AUGUGCAUUGCAAACUCAGUAUGUGGAAAUGCUUUCAGAGGUUUAGCGGAGUGUGAGGACGAAAUGGCACUAGCUGAAAACGAGGCCGAGUUGUAUAAGAUUAAACUUAUGGCUCCUGUUUUUGAUAAAAGAGAUAAGUUAAUCGAGAAGAUUCCGUUCUUUUGGAAUAUCGCUUUAACUCAACAUUCAGAUUUUUCAAAUUACGUUAGAGCAUCAGAUUUUAAGUACAUUGAAGCUAUAAAGAAAAUAGUUGUCAAGCCAUUGGCACUUGAAGAUGAGGAAUGCACCGCGAGGGAUUUUCAAAUCACUAUCGAAUUCAAUGAGAUAAAGGGAGACUUGAAGGCUCAACAUGUGAGUAAGGUGUUUAAAAUUGAAAAAGAUGUAUCUAAAAUUCUGAUUAAGAAAAACAGAACUGCAGAAGACGAUGAAUUGGACGCUGACCUAGGUUUUUUGACUAGUGAACCUGUUAACAUCGAUUGGCCUAAAUCAUAUGAUAAUAUAAAUCCUGAACUGAUAUCAGAUAAGUCGACUCCAGAGGGUAAAAAGAACUAUAGAACCGGUAUGAAGACCUUUUUCGCAUGGUUUAAAUGGACUGGAUUAAAACCAGGGAAGGAAUUUCCUAAUGGUGAUGCAUUAGCCAAUCUUUUUAACGAAGAACUAUAUCCAUACUGUGUAAAGUAUUACACCGAAGCUCAACGUGAUGUCAUGGAUGAAUCUGACGGUGAUAGUGAAGAUGAUAGCGACGCUCCAUUAGAUCUUGAUUUAGAAGAAGUUAACGAUGAGGAAGGUUCCGAUUCCAAACAUUUAAAUAAGAAGACGAAAUUGCAAUGA